UUAUUCUUUAUAAAUACUAGAGUAUGUACUCGACGCAUAUUCUCUCUACCUUGGUUGGUGUGUUGGUCUUAAGUACAGCAACAACCGCUACUUCAAAUGUGUCCAUCGCUACUACAAAUUCCAACUCUUCGGUUCCAAUCAAUAGUUCAGUAUUUCAAAGUAAUCAGCCAAUAGUUAUUAUUAUUCCAACUGGAGCUAAUAGCACCGGAAUCGCCAAUAAUUCAAUUGUUAUCACUAUUCCGAGGAAUUUUGGAAGUCAAGGUCGUCCCUGUAACGUGAGCAGUGAUGAUUACCUCAAGCCGUCAUCUACACCAAGCCCAGGAGACGGUAGCCGAGUUCAUAGUUCUGAUGAACUGGAAGCUUAUACGCGUUCUGAUAAUGAGGAUCUUCCUUCUACUUCAAGCUCAGGAGACGGUAGCCAAGUUCAGAAUUCUGAUGACCUGGAAGCUUAUACACGUUCUGACGACAAGUCCUCCACCGCUAGCUCAGGGCCAAAGCCAAUCAAGGCCAAUCACACGAACCUCUCUGCUCAAAAAAGCUUCAAAUCUAAAGCAAUUCCUUCUCGCAGACGCCAAUUUUUCUCAGCUCCAAUAAAUUCCAGUGCAAGGCGCAAUAAGAGCCGACACCCAGCUCCAAACAAGAAGAAUUUCACAGCACUCGAUUUGGGAUUUAUGUCAGGUUCAAAAUUGAAGCCGCUUCGCAAGAAACUUGGAGCAAAAGGGAAAAACAACGGAGUUCGGGAGCUGGCCGCUCACAACCGGUCCCUCGAAAUUCUCCCUGACGGAACACCACUCAGAAGUCUCGGCGAAAAGUACAUUGUGAAGAAUGGUCCGAACCAGUUUGGAAACUGGAGUAAGGUGGUUGCUAACAAGCAUGGGUUCUACGUUCUGCAUCCGGUGCAGACGAAGAAUGUCACGGAUAUCUUUGAUCCGUAUACGAUUGGACAAGUUUUGGGAUAUCUUUAUGAGCUUGCGGAGUUCGGCGGAGAUGUACCUCCCAGUGGAAAAUUUACGAUUGACCUGAUGAGCCUGCCAACUCCUCAGAAAUUAAGUUCCAAGCGCCGUCGAGCAAUUCUUGUGUUCAAGAGGAAGAAGCAAGUAUAGAACUUAUUUAAAGCUUAGCUAGAGAAUAAAUAUUUAUUGAAAA